CUUUGCAUCGUCACACAUCUCGAAAUAGGCCGAUUUCACCUCCGCCUAUUGUCACCGAGCUUAAUGAGAUAUUAUCUCGGCCAAGCUGGUGCCAGCAGCGUUGCGCAGCGUUGAUAAAAAGCGGUGUUUAUGAGUACAGAAAGCGAAAUCGCGAAAUCGAGACCGCUAGCGCCGCUAGCGCCUCCUGGCAAUUGAACGAAACAGAUAACGCGUGGCUAUUUUCUUCACUAACCAGCAGCACUACCGACUGCUGUGUCGACGUCGUCGUUGCAUCCGCGUCAAGUUAUUCAGUGUAUCGGUGGAAACAUGUUCACCCGGUCUCUGCGUUUCUACCAAAGCAAUGUGAGAUUCGCCUGGAAUGUUGCCGGACAACCCAAGCAAGCGCCCCAGGAGGCAGGGGCAUCGUUCAUGUACAGUGACCUCGAUGUGGAGCUCGUUCCUGCCUCACGGAGGCGUCCGAAACCAGACCCGUCAACACUCGUGUUUGGCAAGGAAUUCAGCGAUCACAUGCUGCGAAUUGACUGGUCGCUCAGCAAGGGCUGGUCCAAGCCGAAGAUAGCGGAAGUGCGUGACCUGGUGCUUCAUCCAGCAGCCAAGGUGUUCCACUAUGCCCAGGAGCUGUUCGAAGGAAUGAAGGCUUACCGCGGACAGGACGACAAGGUGCGGCUCUUCAGGCCCGAUGCAAACGUUCGCCGCCUCCUCAACUCGGCUGACAGGCUGGGAUUACCUAAAUUUCAUUCCGAGGAGUUCCUGAAAUGCCUGAUGAAGCUGAUAAGUAUAGAGAAGGACUGGGUGCCCAAGUACCCCAUGAGUUCCCUCUACAUUCGUCCCACCUUCAUCGGCGUCGAGCCGUCGUUGGGCGUGGCCAAGUCAAAUGAAGCCAUGCUGUUCGUCCUCACGGGCCCCGUGGGUCCCUACUACAGCACGGGCAUGAAGCCGGUCUCACUCCUGGCCGACCCCAAAUACGUCAGGGCAUGGCCCGGCGGUACUGGGGACAGCAAGCUCGGCUGCAACUACGCUCCCACACUAAUGGUGCAACAGGAGGCCGAAAGGCAGAAGCUUCAACAAGUCCUCUGGCUCUUUGGUGAAGACGAGCAGAUCACCGAAGUGGGUGCCAUGAACGUCAUGAUCCUGCUUAAGAACAAGGCUGGGGAGACUGAACUGGUCACGCCACCUCUUUCUGGGAUCAUCCUCCCCGGCGUCACGCGGAUGAGCAUCCUGGACCUCACGAGGGAAUGGAAUGAGUUCAAAGUCUCCGAACGCAAGAUAACAAUGGCCGAACUGAGGGAAACACUGAAGGAGGGCAGGUUGCUCGAGAUGUUUGGAUGCGGGACGGCGUGCGUCAUCUGCCCCAUCGAGCGGCUGGUGCACAGAGGCGAAGACCUGUACAUACCCACCAUGGAGCAGAAGAAUUCCCUGGUCAACAGGAUUCUCAAGGCAAUCACCGACAUUCAGUACGGCGUCGUCCCGCACAGCUGGGCAGUGGAGGUGGACUGAUGGACGAAGUGAACAGAAGAGGGGAACAAAAAAAGGAAAUUCCAGGAAUCUCGUCUGCAGUGUACAUACAGGGACACAAUUCUUUUGCCAUACUAGCACCCUCUAGCCCGAGCAGAGCAACCAGACUCGCUAGGUGUAUGCCCCCAACUUUGCUAGUCUUAGUUCGCACUAGGCCAACACUCGGUGACCUCCUCCUGCUGGCGUGACAAAUGCCGGCAACCUGUAUGGAGCGCAAGUUUGUCUGCUUCCUGCGCGGGGGCUGCGGCGACGUCGGAAUGCCAAGCUUCGAUUGGCUCCGAUUGUACGAAUAGAGGGUGACCUCAAUGCUAGCUGCCUCGAGGUCUACCCACUAUCCUUCCAAUCGGUGCCAAUCAGAGUUUGGCGUUCCGACCUCACCGCAGCCCCUGCUCAAGAAGCAGACGAACUUGCACUCCGCGUAGUCUUUUGCAACAUACGAUCAGCAAUAGCUCUAAUGGUGCAACAGACUAUCGCCACUGACAGAAUAUGAACGACAGGGUAUUUCUUCGAACGCCCGACCCCCAGCACACGCUUUGGCUACGCGCACGCGCUCAACAUGCUUGAGAUGAGGCGUUGUUGAAAGUAGGAAGCUUGUUCUGGAGGCGGGAUGAUUGAAGCUCCUCCCUCCCAUUUUCACCUUGUCAGUGACUACAGCGUCGUCAUAUUUAUUGACUUGUUGAAGCGCGAUCAUAUUGGCCACAAGGAAUUAUUACGUCCGCAAGAGAAGUGACCGAUUGUUUGCCUAGAAAAACUAAACUUAAAACAAGAAAAAGAAAAGAAAAAAAAAAAGACGAGAAGAACUCAGAAAAAAAAAGUUUUGAGUGCAUUUGUGUCACAAGGUAGGGCAAACAGUAAUGUGGUGGACAGCCGGACAGUAGUGCAGCAAACAGUAAUAUGGGUGGAGGCUGUUACAUCACCGACUUACCUCAUGAUGUCGAUGUGUUCAGUACCAGAACUCCGAGUUUUGUAGCGCGCUACAAAAGAUGACAAAACUUGGUCCCGUCGUAGAGUAUUUCUGGAGCCGGCCGAGCCGGAUGCGUUUGUCACACCCUAAUGUCACGCAACUGUGAUAUAGCGUCCCAAUUUUUGUGAAUAAAUGAAGAGAAUCGCUAGUGGUCUAGUCACUGGAAAGGAUGAAAUACUUGGUGGAAGCUACCCCCUACUCAGCAAUAGAUGUGGAAAAAAAAGAUGAUAUGUAGAAUUUUGAAUAAAUUCCACGUGCAUUUGUUGGGCUACA